GAGGAGUCAGUCUCCAGGAAGCAGCCUGUGCCAAUCAUUCCUUCAUUCCUUAGUUCCGGCCUAUGCGUUCCACACACAGGAAGUGAGUUUCCAUCGGUUGCUGCAGCCUCCCAGUGUACGUCGUGAUCAGACACUACAGCUGUGAGGAACCAGAGUCUUUAUUACACGUCACAUGUUCUCUAUUCUUAUCUAUCGCUAAGCAUGGACACGGCCGGGAGUCACAGGACUGAGAGGAUAAUAAAUAUCACCCUGGAGAUCAUCUACCUGCUGACUGGAGAGGAUUACACAGUAGUGAGGAAGACAUCCGGUGAGUGUGAGACACCCAGCAGCCAUCACCAUGUGUCAGGAGGACUGAGCAGGACCCAGAGCCCCAUCACGGUGCCUCCACCUCACUCACUGAUACAUGAGAGGCACAAUGACCAGAAGAUCCUGGAUCUCACCAACAAGAUCAUUCAGCUGCUGACUGGAGAGGUGCAUAUAAGUUAUCAGGAAGUCACUGUCUAUAUCUACAUGCAGGAGGGGGAGUAUAUAGAGGAACACAGGGGUCUGUACAAGGACGUGAUGAUGGAGAAUCACCGGCCCCUCACAUCACUGGAUGUACUCAGUAACAGAGAUACCCCAGAGAGAUGUCCCCAUCCUCUGUAUUCCCAGGAUUGUACAGAGGAGAAUCACAGGACCCCACAGGAGGAUCAGGUAGAAUGUCUGUCUGAUAUUAAAACAGAAGAUACAGAGGGAGAAGAAGACACGUAUGUGACUGAUAUGAAGGCAGAAGAUAUAGAGGGAGAAGAAGAGACGUAUGUGACUGAUAUGAAGGCAGAAGAUAUAGAGGGAGAAGAAGAGACGUAUGUGACUGAUAUGAAGGCAGAAAAUAUAGAGGAAGAAGAGACGUAUGUGACUGAUAUGAAGGCAGAAGAUACCGAGGGAGAAGAAGAGACGUAUGUGACUGAUAUGAAGGUAGAAGAUACAGAGGAAGAAGAAGAGACGUAUGUGACUGAUAUGAAGGCAGAAGAUAUAGAGGGAGAAGAAGAGACGUAUGUGACUGAUAUGAAGGCAGAAGAUAUAGAGGGAGAAGAAGAGACGUAUGUGACUGAUAUGAAGACAGAAGAUAUAGAGGGAGAAGAGGAGACGUAUGUGACUGAUAUGAAGGCAGAAGAUAUUGAGGGAGAAGAAGAGACGUAUGUGACUGAUAUGAAGGCAGAAGGUACAGAGGGAGAAGAAGAGACGUAUGUGACUGAUAUGAAGGCAGAAGAUAUAGAGGGAGAAGAAGAGACGUAUGUGAGGGGUGAUCAGCAGUGUAAGGAGGACGAGAUCCCUACAGAUAUCAGCACAGAUGGACACACAAGCAGAAAUAUCUCAGAAGGACAUCUAAUGUUAUCCCCGGAUUGUGAAAUAAAAGAUAAUGACAGCAGUCAGGAUUCUCCAGGAGAUAACCCCAUUACCCCAAUUAUACAUCCAGCUCUAUCAGCUGGUCCCUCUGAUCCUGGGAAAUGUUCUCCUGAUCACUCUGAUAUUGGUGCAUCUGUUACAGCUCUGACAGUAGAUACAGUGUUUCCCUGUUCUAUAGAUGCCAAAUGUUUUACACAGAACACAAACCUUAUUACCCAUCAGCCAGCUAAGGCAAAUGACAGGCCAUUUCCAUGUUCUGAGUGUGGGAAAUGUUUUCUACAGAAAUCACAACUUGUUAAACAUCAGAGAAUUCACACAGGUGAGAAGCCAUUUUCUUGCUGUGAGUGUGGGAAAUGGUUUCCAUACAAAUCAAAUCUUGUUAAACAUCAGAUAAGUCACACAGGUGAGAAGCCAUUUCCAUGUUCUGAGUGUGGGAAAUGUUUUGCAUACAAAUCAGUUCUUGUUAUACAUCAGAGAAGUCACACAGGUGAGAAUCCAUUUCCAUGUUCUGAGUGUGGGAAAUGUUUUGCAUACAAAUCAGCUCUUGUUAUACAUCAGAGAAGUCACACAGGUGAGAAGCCAUUUCCAUGUUCUGAGUGCGGGAAAUGUUUUACAUGCAAAUCAGAUCUUGUUAAACAUCAGAGAAGUCACACAGGUGAGAAGCCAUUUCCAUGUUCUGAGUGCGGGAAAUGUUUUACACUGAAAUCAAAUCUUUUUAUACAUCAGAGAAGUCACACAGGUGAGAAGCCAUUUCCAUGUUCUGAGUGUGGGAAAUGUUUUGCAUACAAAUCAGCUCUUGUUAUACAUCAGAGAAGUCACACAGGUGAGAAGCUAUUUCCAUGUUCUGAGUGCGGGAAAUGUUUUACAUGCAAAUCAAAUCUUUUUAUACAUCGGAGAAGUCACACAGGUGAUAAGCCAUUUUCCUGUUCUGAAUGUGGGAAAUGUUUUAUUGAUAAAUUACAUCUUGUUAGACAUCAGAGAAUUCACACGGGUGAGAAGCCAUUUUCUUGCUCUGAGUGUGGGAAAUGUUUUUCACAAAAAUCACAACUUGUUAAACAUCAGAGAAGUCACACAGGUGAGAAGCCAUUUCCAUGUUCUGAGAAAUAAGUUCUUGUUGCACACAAUAGACGUCACUCAGGUGAGGAACCAUUUUAUUCUUCUGGAGUAUACUUAUCAUUGCCAUGUAACGUUCUUCAAGGUUCUUAUCCUAUCUCCCAUGCUUUUUGCAAUAUAUAUGCUACCACAGGGUGAAACAAUCAGACGUCAUGUCCUCGUUUACCACUGCUAUGCCGAUGACCUGUCUUUUUCUCCGUUACUGAGAUCCCAAUACCAAUCCUAAAUGUCUAGCUGAGCUCCAGGUGUGGGUGAUGCCAGUUGGCUGUGACUCAGUCUUGGUGAAACAGGUCCUUAUGAUAGAAGCUCACCAACAAAGGGCGGGGCAACAGCUCAACUUUGCCUACCAACCAGACUUACACUUGGGGGUUCAGAGUUACAAAAUGCUUAUCCAAUGUGGAAUCUUGGUGUCCUGGAUGGUGGAGUGACACUUGGACAUCAGGUAACAGCCACAAUCAGAUCUUCAUGUGAGGAACAUAGCCAGACUCCUGCACUUGAUUCCCUCAGAAUAUCUACCUACAGUCAAACAUGCAUUUGUAUCAUCACACACAGACCACUGUAAUAUCCUCUAUCUGGGUCUCACGGCAAAACAAUUGCACCACUUGUAGCUUGUACAGAAUGCAGCAGCCAGGAUGUUACCUAAUCAGCCCGUUCCUGCCACAUAACACCCAUUCUCUGCUCUCUCCGCCGGCUGCCUGUAAGAUGGUGACUCUACUACAUAAUCUUCUUACGGACUCUCCCAGCCCUACAUGACCAGGGUCCAUGGUACCAGAAGCAGCUUCUGCCUCCUUACUGCCCUGCUUGCUUUCUUCCAUCUGCAGAUGAAAGACUGUUACCAGCAGUACCAAGUAACCCCAUGCAGUACUGAGAUGUCAGGGGGGAGACAGGGUGGGUGGCACUAUUGCUGUAGCGGGGGCUGCCGGAGGUGCUGUCUGUGGGUAAUAUUGUCCCCAAGCAGCACUGAAGUGGCAGAGGGAGGACACGGUGGUGGCAGUAGUGGGGACUCAGGAGGCAGUGUGCGAGCAAUAUUGUCCUCACACAGCACUAAGGUGUCAGAGGGGGAGACAGGGCAGUGGCAGUAGUGGAGA